GUCAUUUGAUGGGCCACGAGACUCGUGUUUGCAGCGGUAUGAUUGCCCUGUCCUUUGGCCAAGCGGCCUCCCAAAGGUCGUUUGUAUGCACGUCAGGAGAAAAAAAAAAGUCUCUGAAUUGCUUGGUUCUACACCCAUGUCAGCCAUGUCAGCCGUGUUGUGCGACACGAAAACUAUGGCUACUGAAAUAAUUGGCUCGAGCUGCAUGCCAUCAAGUUAACCGAGCCUCUUGUCAACAUCCAACAAGGCCAGGCGACGACUUUUGUGGAUAAAUCCGUCUUUUCCAAUACAUUUGCAUCCCCGCACUUUUUCUUUUGCGCCGGCAUGGCUCUUUCUCUGUUUAAACAUGCUAACCUUGCUGUUGGGGUUUUGUCUGGUUUGACGGCGGAUCAAUUCGCAGAUCGUCAUCGCCCAUCAUGGCGCCUGCCUUGACAAUUGUGUGGCGUUUUGUUCUGUCAUCUCUCCUGACUAGCUUCUGUAGCGGGCAGGAAGCUCCCAGCCCACCCACAACAUGCUACUGGCCCAACGGCUCAGUGCACAGGGAAGGAAUCUUGUGCGCAGGGAGAGAGAAUGGCCGCAGUUGUUGCGCCCAGGGUCAAGCAACACCGAGCAGCAUGCUUGAGCAAUGGACUGUGCCUGGACCAAAAGACCAACAGCAGACUGAGGCGAAUGUCCUGCGCAGACCCCGCCCUGCUCCCCCAAAACUGUCCUGCCAUUGACCUCUGCCGCGGGGAGUCGCCCGGGUCGCCAGGGAUCCUGCGACAAUGCCCAAAGGACGAGACUUACUGGUUCUGCCUGAGGCCGGACGUCUGGGAUGACAACUGUGCCAACGCCAGCAUGACCCUGAAAGCCGGCAGAGUAGACGAUGGGCGCAACGGCAACCUCAGCGGCAUUCUACUGGCUGGCGAGGUCAACGUGUGCCAGACUGAUGUCCCCGCCGCCCAGGAAGCACCGGCGGCCAGCAGCAGCAGCAGCAGCAGCCAAGACAGCACCAUCGCCGUCGGGGUCAGUUUGGGCGUGCUGCUGCUAGCGGCAGCGGCGGUGGCCUUUUUCUUUUGGCGGCGAUGGAAAGACAUGCGGCUCGAGUUGGACGCCUUCCGGGCAGGGAUGAAUACGACCUCGCCGCCAGAGACUCAAAAGCGGCACCCGAGCCUGAAGCGGGUCCCUUCUGUUGCAGAGGUCGCCUUUCCAGAUGAUCGAUCAGAGCUGCCACAGACUGGACCUUCACCGGGGUCAGAGAUACACGAAGCUGAUGCAGGACAGGUAUUCGAGGUUCAUGGCACGAGCAAGCAUACGCCUUCGACAAUAGCAGCGUCACCUCGGUUGCCGCCCACUCUUGCGUCCUCUCCCAGAAUCACGCUGCGGUAGGGUAUUGUUGACGGGAAAUUUGCGGAUCAAACUCGUUCGUGGUGCUAUUUGGUAUUCUAUAUUUGUAAAAUGAAAAUAAAACGACAAAAACAUAUGUAAUCACUGUCCA